CACCGGGCAGUCCCGCCCGCACCUGCCCGGCGCUGUCCCUAGGCCUCGGCGGGAGCUGCGCCCCGGGGAAAGGAGCUGUUCCCCCGGGGAAGGGAGCGCGGGCACCCCAGGAGUGGGAAGGGGUAGGGAUGGGAUGGAGCUGGGAGGACGGGAGGAGCAGUGCCGGGAUCAGACAAAGCGGGCAGGGCUGGCACGGGCUGUGCUCCUCUCCCCUGCGGGUCCGCCGCCGCUGCUCGGUCCCUGCGGUGUUCCACACUUACACGGCUUCACAACACGACAGAAAGCAGGAUAGGAGCUGAACUUCAGGAUAGGAGCGAUACUAUUUUAUUUCAUUUUUUAGGUGUGUACUUUGGGGUGCUUCACUUCUUGUGGAUUGUUAUUUGCUACCAGUGCAGGCUGACAAAUGGACAUCAGUUGGAUGUGAACGGACAUGAUUAGGACGAGAGACUUAAGCUGUGCCAGGAGAGAUUUAAGUUUGCCAUGAGGAGGAAUUUGUCCACCAAAGAGGUGGCUAGACACUGGAAUGGGCUGCCCAGGGAGGUGGUGGAGUCACUGUCCUUGGAGCUGUUUAAGGAAACAUGGCACUUAAUGCAAUGGUCUGGGUGGCACGGUGCUUUUAGGUCACAGGUUGAACUUGUUGAUCUCAGAGGCCUUUUCCAACCCAAUUGAUUCAUUAAUUCUGUGACAGUGGGAGGUACCAACUGCAUGGCCUAAUACCUGCAAUCCGUGCAGUGAGGAGGCAGCUGACCAACAAGUAAAUGCUGUACAGAGUGCGCCUGCAUGGAGAGGCCGUAUGAUAUCUCAAGAGAAAAGUGAAAAGGCAAAUAAGACAAGUGCACACAAAUUUAUUUUUAAAAGUAGUGUGGGGAAUUUAAUUUUUUUUCUUUUUUUUACAUGAAGGGAAGAGUUUCACCACUGGAAGGGUUGUUGGUGAGAAUGAAGUGGCAUAAUGCUGGUAACUUUAAACUGUCAAUAGAAAGGGCUACAUGAUGAUUUAGUCAUGUUGAGAAACAAUUUCUGUUGUCUGAGAAAGCCGCCUCCAUAAGACACUUUGUAUGUGUAAAAGGUGCCAAAGGAAGUUCUGUCUCCAUUGUAUCUCUGUGCUGAACCACAUAAUGAGUCUGGACCUAGCAGGAAUGCAGUCACUGAAGUAACCAGAAAUUCUUGGAUUUUGCCUGUUUUGGUGCUCAUGAAGACAAUAAUUAAAAUGCUUUCUAUGGGGACUUCUGCUUCUGAUGCCAGGACUCUUUUGAAGACCUCAUUUGUUGCAUGGUUUAAAGGAAGAUGAUGUUGUUAGUGAAUUCUGAGCAUCCUUCGGGAGGCUGAUGACCCUUCAGUUGUUGCUGUGUGCUGUCAUGGACAGCUUCAAACGCUCUUUUCCAAAACACCACAGGCAGUUAAUGCAACUUACAAAGGACUCCUGACUUUUUGCAUCUUCCCAAGACCUAUCUAGAUGCCACCAGUGUUUCCCAUGUUAACAGUCCUGAGCAUGUUUUACUACAUGUGCCUUCGGCGCCGGGCGAGGACAGCGACGAGAGGAGAGAUGAACAGUCGGAGGGCCAUUGAAUCCAACACCCGCGCCUUGCCCAUCAACGUCGAGAUAGUUCAGUAUGCCAAAGAAGUGCUGGAUUUCAGCUCUCACUAUGGCAGUGAGAACAGCAUGUCCUAUACCAUGUGGAAUUUAGCAGGGAUUCCCAACGUGUACCCUAGUUCUGGUGACUUUACCCAGACUGCUGUCUUUCGAACUUACGGCACUUGGUGGGAUCGCUGCCCGAGCGCUCGGCUGCCUUUCAAGAGGACUCCAUCCACCUUCUGUAGCCAGGACUAUGUGGAACUUGCUUUUGAAGAACCAGUUUAUCCCACUGCAGUGCACAUUCUGGAAACCUAUCAUCCUGGAGCUGUAGUCAGGAUUUUGGCGUGCUCUGCAAAUCCUUACUCACAAAAUCCACCAGCUGAAGUAAGAUGGGAAAUACUUUGGUCUGAGGCACCUACAAAGGUGAAUGGUCCUCAGGCUCGGCAGUUCACACCUUGUAUCAAGCAGAUAAACUUCCCCACAAACUUGAUCCGACUGGAGGUGAACAGCUCCCUUCUGGACUAUUACACUGAACUGGAUGCAGUGGUACUACAUGGUGUGAAAGAGAGGCCCGUGCUUUCACUUAAGACUUCCAUGAUUGAUAUGAAUGAUAUAGAUGAAGAUGAGGAUGAAGAAAAAUUUGCCUGUGGAAUGGAUGCCCUUAAUAAACAGUUCAGUAUUGUUACCCUCAGGGAAUGGCCAACUAAUGGAUAUUUUGAUAAACUGCCUUAUGAGCUCAUCCAGUUGAUUUUGAGUCACCUUACAGUACCAGACCUGUGUAGACUAGCACAAACUUGUAAGCUACUGUAUCAACAUUGCUGUGACCCUCUGCAGUACAUUCAUCUCAGUUUACAACCUUACUGGGCAAGGAUUAAUGACACAUCCCUGGAGCACCUACAGUCUCGCUGCACACUCAUCCAGUGGCUGAAUUUAUCUUGGACUGGAAACAGAGGAGCCAUCUCUGUUUCUGGAUUUAGCAGGUUCCUGAAAGUCUGUGGCUCUGAACUAGUACGUCUUGAGUUGUCUUGUGGCCAUUUCCUCAAUGAAACAUGCUUGGAGGUCAUCACUGAAAUGUGUCCAAAUCUUCAGGAAUUAAAUCUCUCAUCAUGUGAUAAAAUACCACCUCAGGCUUUCAACCACAUAGCCAAAGUGGGCAGCCUAAAGCGUCUCAUUCUCUACAGAACGAAGGUGGAGCAAACAGCCCUGCUCAGUAUCUUGAACUUCUGCUCGGAGCUGCAGCACCUCAGCCUGGGCAGCUGUGUCAUGAUUGAAGACUAUGACCUUAUAGCAAGCAUGAUGGGAGCAAAAUGCAAAAAGCUUCGCAGUCUGGAUUUGUGGAGAUGUAAAAACAUAACAGAAAGCGGGAUCGCCGAGUUGGCUUCGGGCUGCCAGCUUUUGGAAGAGCUUGACCUUGGUUGGUGUCCUACGCUCCAGAGCAGCACAGGCUGCUUCACAAACCUUGCACGCAAACUGCCCAACCUGCAGAAGCUCUUCCUUACGGCCAACAGGUCUGUGUGUGACACUGACAUCGAGGAGCUCGCUGCCAACUGCACGCACCUACGGCAGCUGGAUAUACUGGGAACGAGGAUGGUGAGCCCUGCAUCUUUAAGAAAAUUGCUGGAGUCUUGUAAAGAUCUUUCUUUACUCGACGUGUCCUUCUGUUCACAGAUCGAUAAUAGAGUUGUGCUAGAACUGAAUGCCAACUUUCCUAAUGUGUUCAUAAAAAAGAGUUUCACCCAGUGACUCCCUACAUAUGCUGCUGUGGAACUCGUUUGACAGAGUUGUUUUCCUGUAAAUUUGCGCUGAUUUUUUUUUAAGGAGAAUAUAAAUCUGCAUAAAAUAGUGGAAACUAUUAAUUAUCUACACAGAUGGGUAAAAUACAUUUAAAUGUAUUAUGUUUCUUUAAGUUGCUAUUGUACCUAAGAAUUAUUUUGUUCUGUUAAUUGGUGGCGCUGCAUGUUUUUAAAUACUAGCCAUAUGUCUGGCUUUAAUGAGAAGCAAAUGAAUGUCUUCUUCAAUGUCCCUUCACAGGGUGUUAUACACAAUACACUGUGUUAAUAUCCAGGUGAAAGCAGAAGUUCAAUAUUUAUCAGUAAGGAAAAUAUGGGUGCUUCCUUUUCAUGUGUGUGUGUGUAUAUAUAAAUGUAUCCAUAUGUAUUUGUAUAUACAUACACAGAUAUUGUAGCAUUCUAGUUUGACCUGCAGCAUAAGAUUUUAUCAUCUGGCCUGUAAUUAGUUAUUUGAAAACCAGUUUAAGUGUGUAUAAGAACAGAUAGAAAAAGCACUUUGUCUUCUUUGAGUUUUGGCAGUGAAUUGUAUCUGAUAGAGUUUUCUCCCUUGCUUCACCUGAAAUAGAUGUAGGGAUGCUUCACAGUCCAGCCUAAGCAGCACAACAGAUAAAUGCAAGAAAGAACCUGGACCACCUGAAUUUAGAGCAGAAAUGAAAGAUAAAAUUGACAGCUGCUUCUUGGUAUUGAGAUACAAAGUUUAAGCCAAGUACUUAAUGUUGUAACUGGUGAUGUGUAGAAAACUCUGGGUAGUUUUCUUUUCAAAUUUCUGUCAUGGUCAAGACUUUAUUUGUGAUACGUCUGGUUAUUGUGCAGAGUACAAUAGGACUUAGAAGUAGAACUUAGGGUAAUGUGUUAGCAACUGUCCUUUCACUGGCAUCAAAUCUACUGUCAGGUGUAAAAACAAGCAUCUGUGUUCAGUAAAACAGCAAUGAAAAUAUAAUGGGUUUGAAACAAGGGCAAUACAAUUUGAUGAUUUUAUAAUUACCAAACUUUAUUACUGGAUUUUUUUUGUUUGGGUUUUUGUUUUGUUUUGUUUUUCCAAGAGGAGAGUAUCUCAAAAUACUAUUGCACUCUCUUUAAGACUGCUUAACCUCUGGAGAAGGAAAAAUGUGUUGAUGGACAAUUUCUGGAAGUUUCUUCCUUUUGCACUUCCUUGGAUGAAGCUUUUCUCUUUUUUUUCUUUGAAUACCACUGCUAGAGUAUGUUGCUCUGUACAGCUUUGGUUUAGAAUUUUACCUUUUUAGCCAUUGUUGAUGCAUAUGGACCAUAAAAUAUAGGCUGUCUUUUGAUACUGAUUCUGUUAUUCUUGUAUUGAUGGCACUUGCUACCUACUGGAAUAAGAGGAAAAAUACUUUGUCUGAGAGAAGUACAGUAUUGUACUGAAGAUCAGUGACAAAGAACACUUCAGUUCAUGCAGUAAAUAACCAACUGCUACUAGAGGACUGCUGCAAAUCGUUAAAAAUCUGACAAUCUCUAAAAAUCUCUGUGACUUCUGAAUGACUGCUUUGAACUCUUUGUGCUGGUGCCAAUACUUUAUAAACCAUGUCGUGAAACAGCUACAGAACAUUUAUCUGAUUUUAUUGAAAGACCUAGUUCUUCAGAUUUUUAAAUUUUGCUGAAUCUCUCGGGAAUUCCAGAUCCAAAGAAGGGCAUGCACAGUUGGCUUUUUGAUUUUUUUCCCUCCACACAGAUGGCACUAUGGGAUUUCCAACUAGUUUAUGCCAUUCCAUUUUUUUUCUUCUUUAGAAAUCUGAGCAUUGUCAGAGAACUUUAAAUUGAUUUGCCUUUUUUUCCGUACUGAAAGAUGAAGCUUUUGUAUGGUUCUCUGUGAGACCUCAUUUCUCUCAAUCAUGUUUGGGUUAAUUUGUUUUCUGUGAACUUGUAACUUUUUUUAGUCUAUAUUUGUCAUUGUAAUUAUUAAACAUUAUUAUUCUAGUUACAUAAGAACACAGGUACAGAUAAUGGGAGUUUACAAAGAACAGAGUUCAAAACAAAUAUAUUUGUUGUAAAAUUUCACUUCUCAGGGGUUAUUCUGUGUUUAUAUCCUUUUUCUUCUAUAGAGAUCUGUUUUGUUUUUCACUGUAAACAGAGUGGGAUGUGGAUGAAGUGAUAGCCAUUGUGCCUUCAAACUGGUAAACUUGGUAGAUAAUAGAGUUUUUCUCAUCACUGAAUCAAAUAAGUGUUUUUGUAAUCACAUACGUGUAAAGAAUUUCAUUCUCUGUUGCUUUUUAGGUAAAGAAGGUUUAAAUUGAAAUUUUGUUCACACUGGAAGAUUUUUUCUUUCUUAUGUUGCAUGUUCUGUUGGAAAAUAUUUUUUUCAGGAAUUCUCUAUUGUCACUUGGAAGAUAAAUUGAAGUUGACUUUUUAUUUGGAUUGUUUAAAAUUUGGCUAUUACUGACAUAUAAUUAAUUCAAAGAGCAGAGAAGUGAUUGGGAAUGACUUCCAUCUAUAGUUGUAGUCUUCAGCCUUCAAUCAGAGAGUGAGAAGCUCUUUUAGCUAUGGCCUUAUAAGUCCAAGAAGUCUUCCAGCAAAACAAAGUUAGACCAGACUUGACAUUUGUAAUACUUGUAGGUUAAAGAAAACAGCUUGCUCUUAGACCUUCCCUGUAUGUCUCAGAGAAGCAAGAAUAGGCCACUGUCUCUUUAGUUCUGCUAUCUUAUACUUAAGUGUGUCUAUUUAUUUAUGUAUAUGUAUGCAUAAAUUAUAUAUAUACACACGUUUGUGUGUUUAUAUGAAUUCUUUUGGAUAUGUGUACAUACGUAAACAUAUAUGUAUAAAUCUCAGAGUUUUUCAUGUAGGAAUUACUUUUGUAAAGUGAGUGUAAUAGAAAAAGGGUGUUUCAUAGCAGUUCUGCUUUCAACUAUUGCUUUACUCUACCUGGAGACUGAGUUCAUCUCUACCAUGCAGCAGGAAAAGCCUGGACAGAUGUGCUGAAUUUCCAGUGUUGCUUUGCCAAAGUGCCUUUUGGUUUGUCUGCUCGUGAAAGGGGUUACAGGGUAUGAAGAGUGAAUGCAAAGUCUGAUAACUACUGUGGACUGUCUCCUUGCAAAGCAGUCACAUAGAGGGAAACUUAUGUUCUGCUUUCAUUUAAUCCAAAAUGAAUGAUGUCAAUUCCUUCACUGGAGGAAUUUAAUUACUCUUGAAUUGGGUCUCAUCUCCAUCACUAGUCUGUACCUCAGUCAUGUUAUCUAAAUUCUGCUGUUAAGGAUAUUCCUUUUUUUAAUCCUGUUGUUUGGUUAUCUGUCUUUUGAAGCUUUGUAAAAGAUAUGCUUGGGCAACAAAUGUUAAAAAAAAUGGCUAGCAUGUCCAAAAAAAGGGGUGUACUCUGAACUGCUCCUGUUUUUAAGCUAAAGGGGUCUUCCAUACCCCCUGUAUGAAAUUGACGUGGGAUGGCUGUUGGUAAAGAUGUAAUUCCUUGGGUAAUUUAACAAUAAAAUAAAUAAUAAAACACAAAAACUGGUAUGAUAACUUUACCGUUUAAAC